GCUACGCAUGAAACAUCGAAUCAACGUGACUUCACCAAGACAUCCAUCAUGAAGGCGCCACGCGCACCGAGACACGCUCAUCACAACGAGAAAGAUAGGCGCUCUCGAGCCAAACGCUUUGCUCCGUUUCAAUGGUUCUACGAGGGACUCAAGGAGCAACUCAUCAGUGAGGCCGCAGCACUAAGGCGAAGUCUCCCUUCGCGCGGGCUUUGCUACCGCGAGCUUGGGUGCUUCAAACUGAGUGACAGGAUGAGGCUUCCGUACGGUUAUCCACAGCGGCCAAAUAGUAUCGGCACUCGAUUCUGGCUCUACUGCGCACGAGAAUCACGCCGCCGGAUCAAGGUGGCGACCUCUCCUUGGACAUGGAGCUUAGCCGGCUGUCACGAGAAGGGCCAUCGUCGUCCAUUAAUUGUCAUCGUCCAUGGCUUCACCGAGAGUGCGGCCGCCUCAUGGGUCAAUACCAUGGCCAGAGCUCUACUCAGUGUGGUUGGUGCCAACGUUCUGCUGGUCGAUUGGCGCCGGGGAGCCGCCGCGCCGGUGUACUCCGUUGCCGCCUCUAACACGCCCGCAGUGGGCGCUGAGCUUUCAGUGGUGCUGCAGCGGCUCAUGCGUAACAGCAUCAGCCUGAUUCCCCACGAUGUGCACAUCAUAGGCUUUAGCCUAGGGGCUCACGUGGCUGGUUUCUGCGGCAGGCACUUCCUGAUGCACACCAAGAAGAGGAUCGGACGCAUUACCGCACUUGACCCAGCUGGACCUCUCUUCGAAGGCACAAAUGUGUCAGUAUCCAGGGGUGAUGCUGACUUCGUGGACGUCAUCCACACUAACAUGGGUCUCUUGGACAACCUAAAGUUUGGUCUCGCCGCUUCGGUGGGUGACGUUGAUUUUUUCCCGAACGGAGGAUCAGUGCAGCCCGGAUGUCGUGAAAUUGCUUGCAGUCACCAAAGGGCACAUGACCUCAUGAUCGAAUCUAUAACCAACCACCGCUGCAUCUUCGUGUCGCGACCUGUCAGUGGCAAAAGCGGUCGAAUGGCAGCCGGAAUUAACUUGGACUCGCCGCCGCUGCACGAGAGCGGCUCGACUAGCCGAGGAGCCAUGGGAUACGACAGCAUCACCGCCAGAGGGCGUGGGAUGCAGUACAUCAGGACCAGGAGCAAGCCGCCCUUUUGCAUUCCAUAGAAAGCAUUUCACAAGGCCCGGGCACUUGCAGGAUGUGCGCUUCGUGGUAAAAGCUACGGGAUACGCCGUCUGCGUAAGAAGACAGCGACCGUCAAGACAGAGCGAAAGCACUGAUGUCCACCGUCAAUACGUACAAAAUACCGGGAAGCCUGCGGUCACGGAAUAAAAUUUGCCAAGGUCAUGA